UCACAUGACCCGAACUUCGGCCGAGCCCCGAGUCGCGGCAGGGGCUGCGGGGCUGCGGCGGCAUGCUCGGGGAGCGCCCCCGGGCCCGGGGGGUCCCUGCCCGCUGCCACUGUCUGCUCCUCCUCCAGUGCCUGCUGCUGCUCCGAGCCCCCGCCGGCUUGCUCGGGGACCAGACCCGCCGGGUGUCCUUGGAGGUUAUCCCAGAACCCAAGGACCCCUCACAAAACCUGUUGCACAUCCGGGCCGUGGGAGUCAACUCUACAAUUCACUACAUCUGGAGCAGUCUGGGACCCCCAGCCGUGCUCUUUGUGGCCACAGACACCCCUCACAGUGUUCUGAGUAUCAACUGGAGCAGCCUGCUGUCUCCAGAACCUGAAGGGAGCCUGGCUGUGCUUCCUGCUAAGAGUGUUCGAUUUUCCUCAGCCCUCAUAUUCCCCAGGCUGUUUGAGUUUGACAGUACCAACAGUUCAGAAGUAAAGGACGGGUCCCCAGGAAAGCCAUACCCACCCUACCUGCUGGCCAACUUCUCCUGGGAUGAUGUCAAUAGCACACUAGACCCCACUAUGCUGAGUGCCACAUUCCAAGGUCGUCCUUCAAAGGAUCCCUUGGGGGCCUUCAGCAAUGGCAGCCUGGCUUUCAAGGUUCAUGCUUUCUCUGGUUCUGGUCGUGCAGCCCAUCUCCCUCGACUCUUGCAUACAGCAGAUACCUCCCAGCUAGAAAUGGUUCUGUCUGGAGCUGUCCCACAAGGCAACCACUCCCUUUUCGGGCUGGAGGUGGCAAUUCCAGUUUUGGAUUCUGAGUGUCCCCAGCUGAAGGAGCAGGACUCCAUCGAUGAUGAAUAUUGCCCUUCAGUCUUCCAGCUGGCUCAACUACUGUGGCAUUCCUCACCAGAAGGCUUCUUACAGUGGCGGCCAGUAGCCUUCUCACAGAAGCAACCAGAUUGGAAAACAGCCGUACCCUGCCAAGUAUCCCGUCCUGGUCCCACCUUGGCUACCCUACUUCCCCAGUCACGUAUUGUGAUAGCUUUCUUUGGCUCCUCCGUUAACUUCUGCACCUUCAACCUGACAUUUGGAGACUCUACUGGUCCUGCCUAUGAGGACCAGCGCUACCUCAGUUGGUCGGCUCUCUUGGGCAUAGGAAUCCCCCCAGUGGAUUCCUUCUCACCUCUGGUCCUAGGAAUCAUGGUAGCGGUUCUAGGAGCCCCUGCACUUCUGCUGGUAGGAGGUGGCCUGAGCCUUCUGAUACUACGACAUAGGCGCUACUCAGAGUAUGAACCAAUCAGCUGAGGUCCUGACCUCCCCCAGGUGCCUUUCCAGAUCCUCCUGCCAAUACCACACUAGGGUGAAAACAAGGAUACACCUUGGAAUAAGGAAGAGAGGACCUCAUGCCUCCUCUUCCUCUGUUUCUGGCCCUGAUGUUCAUUGUAAUGCCAAUAUCCUUGACUCCUUUCCUUUUUUUUUUUUAACAGAACCUUCAAACCUCAGUUUCUUCAGGUCUCCCCUGGGCAAGGGGACAGCAGGAGAACCAGUUAAUGAUGAAGGGGAUGGGGCAUCUAACUUCUAGCCUAAUAUUGGCCUUCUUGAAUCACUUUUCUCCCCCCACCCCAUUCUUUUCUAGUAUUUGUGUUGGGAGUGUGAGAUUAUACCAGGAUCAAAACAUUGAGAAGCCUAACCCCUGGUCUUUGGGUUUCUAGAAGGGUGAAGAUGAAAUAUAUACUUAUUUUUUCAUCA